GAGGACUGCCGAGAGACAUUGAGCGGCUAUCGCGUGUGUGUCCACACUCUGGAGAUUGAAAUAAUUUAACUUGCGAAUGCAAACUUCCUGCGUAAAUUUACUGAGUCCUCCUGAAAGCUCUUUUCAGCUGUCCUCUAUUUACGUUGGUGGUACGAUCAAUUCCGCGACGUCGCGCCCCAGAUAAACACUCCCCCGACCUACACGCGACCCUCUCGAAUUUCGUGUUUCGCAUCGCAUUCCCCUAGUCAACUUGCACCAACCCCGCGACUCUCUCAGCUAUCGCCGACACCUGUGCAUCUCAGUCUUGCAAUUAAAGCAUACGAAGAACCAACGAAAGACCGUCUACCUGACUCUCACGCACGCGCUCCACCGCCAACAUGGGCGGCCAGAUUUCAAAGAUGAUGAGCAAGGUCUUCGGAUCGAAGGAGAUGCGCCUCCUGAUGUUAGGACUCGAUGCUGCGGGGAAGACCACUAUUCUGUACAAGCUGAAGCUCAACCAAGACGUGACGACUAUCCCAACUGUCGGGUUCAACGUCGAGACCGUCACAUACAAGAAUGUCAAGUUCAACGUGUGGGAUGUUGGAGGACAAGACAAGAUUAGACCCCUAUGGAGACACUACUAUUCAGGCACUCAGGGAUUGAUCUUCGUCAUCGACUCUUCAGACCGCGAGCGGAUAGAAGAGGCGAGCCAGGAACUACACCGCAUUAUCGGCGACCGUGAAAUGAAGGAGAGCCUGCUGCUCGUCUUCGCCAACAAGCAAGAUAUCCCAGGAGCCAUGACCCCCCAGGAAGUGACCGACAAGCUGCGGCUCAACAUUCUAAAAGACAAGAUCUGGUACGUGGUGCCAAGUUGCGCCACAACCGGCGAGGGACUCCUCGAAGGCCUCGCCUGGCUCUCCAACAACGUCAAGGCGCCGCCAGCAGGCACAGUCAAGAAGUAACCGGUCCUGCACACGUACAUCAUACGAUCACCAUAAACGAAAUUGUCACGGUCGUUCUUUCUUUUCCAUUGUCAUGCGCGCUUCAUUUGCAUCCAUACUGUCUAGCGUUUCCUGUCGGCGGCGAUACCACACUCUGCUUCGCUCACCUCGUCUCCUGGCUCCGCGUCCCUGUCAGGUCGGCUCGACCGCUUACGCGUCGGGACUGGGUUGGCAGGGGGGUCGCGGGGUGGCUGGGGAGAAAGCUUAUAUAUAUUUUGUAAUUGUAAUACUAUCUGUUGGGGACGGUAAACUGGCGGAUUGGAGGAUUUUUAGGGGUGAUUUGGGGAGGAGGGGAGGUUUGUUAUUGUCGUGUCGGUGGAGAUAGAUUAGAUUUAUCUUAUAUUUACAGACUAUUUUAGGGA